UUUUUCCGGAUCUACGUCACAUGACUGAACUUCGGCUUCUGAUUGGCCAGCACCUGCUCCGUGUUUAUUUCCGGAAGUGAGUUGUUGUCAGUGUCAGACUUUCCAUCAGGAUUAUCACACCUGGAUCCUACAGUCUGUCUAGGUGUGUCCACGUCCACAGGAUGGCUCAUUGGUUUCACAGAAACCCUCUGAAGGCUACAGCUCCAGUGUCCUUUAACUUCUAUGGAGUGGCAGGAAGUCCUGCUGCCAACAAGAUAUGCAAUGACCUGAGGACCACCAGGGCCAGACUGCUGGAGAUGUUCACUGAUGUCACCUGCAACCCUGAGAUCAUGAAGAAUGCCACAGAUGCUUAUUUCUCCCUCCUGCAAGGUUUUAUUGCCUCCUUGGAUGGAACUACGCAGGAGAACAAGAUGAGGUUCAUCCAGAACUUUAAAUGGACCGACACCUUACAGGGAAACACACCCAGUGCUCAGCAGGAUGCUGUCUUUGAACUGGUCUCCAUGGCCUUCAACGUAGCCCUGUGGUACACCAAGUUCGCCUCCAGACUAGCAGGGAAGGAAAACAUAACAGAAGCUGAAGCUAAAGAUGUUCACCGGAGCCUGAAGAUUGCUGCUGGGAUAUUCAAAAAUCUAAAGGAGAUCCACAUCCCUCGCCUCAUCACUCCGGCUGAGAAGGGCCGAGACCUGGAGCCCCGAGUGAUCGACGCCUACAUCAUCCAGUGUCAAGCAGAAGCGCAGGAAGUGACCAUCGCCAGAGCCAUAGAGCUGAAGCACAACGCCUCACUCAUCGCAGCGUUGGCGUUCGAGACGGCAAACUUCUAUCAGAAAGCUGACCACACUUUGAACACCCUGCAGCCGGAGUGCAGCAGUAAGUGGAGGAAGUACCUUCAGCUGAAGCAGCAUUUCUACAUGGCUUAUGCGUUCUGCUACCACGGGCAGACGCUCCUGGCCAGCGAUAAGUGUGGAGAAGCCAUCAGAUCCCUCCAGGAGGCAGAGAAAUGCUACUCUCAUGCUGAGGCGCUGUGUAAAGAGUACCGUCAGACCAAAGGCCCAGGAACCACGGCUAAACCCUCAGAGCAGCUGUUCUUCCUCAAGCUGGGCGGCCUCAUUAAGAACACCCUGGAGAAGUGCCAGAGAGAAAACGGCUUCAUAUACUUCCAUAAGGUCCCAGCUGAAGCUCCUCAGCUGGAGCUGAAGGCCAGCUAUGGUCUGGCUGAACCGGUGACCUUCGAGCUGCCAGCCGUCAGCGAUCAGUGCUCUGCUGAAGUCUACGCCACCUUCGAUCUGACCAAGGGAGCCAAAAACGACAAGGCCAAACCCAAAGAUGAGGAGGUGAAACCAGUGAAGGAACCAGACCUGAAGCCUCAGCAGGACACGGGCUGCAUCGUCUGCUAAACUCUCCAUCAUCAGAACCAUGAAUGAUGCUUCCUCUUCAUGUAGGCCUCCAUAGGAACACAUAAAACCUGUCUUUGGUUAAUAUUAAUCCUCCUUUUGCUGAAACAUGUAAGUUAAUAUCAUCAAGUCUGAGCCAGAGCCGCUCAAAUAUCACAUUACAAACAUCUAACUCCCAUGAAGCACUUUUCAAAAGAUAAAACUUUACUUUCAGGCUCAGAGUUAAAAUCAAUGAUCUGUUCUGUUAUCGAUGCCUUUGGCUGCGAUCUGAACCUGGUUUAGUUUAACUUUCUGAAGCUCUGACCUUAUUAUAGACGGUUUAAAUAAUAGAGACUGGAUUAAAAUCCUGAAAGUGGCCUCAAAAUCUGUAGCAGCAUCAAACUGAUUAAACUUCUAUUUGGAACACUGAGCACUACAGAGAACCUGCAUUAUAAAAUCAUAUUCUACCUAAAUACUGGUAAUGAAUAACAGACUGAGGUGUUUUUCUGGUGAAUCUGGUUUGUUUUAUCCGUUUACAAUCAAUAUUUGAUUUAGUUGACAUGUAUUAUAGCUGGUGUUUGUAUGUUUUCUACUCCUGAUGAUUAAAGGAGCUUUAUGGCCAGAGGAGGCUUCAUCUUUCUCUACAGGGUUAGGUUUCUAACUCUGUCCCUUUGACAGCAGUUUAAUUUAUUCCUGUUUAUUUUAAAAGACAACUUAAACUGAAGACAUCAUAAAGAGCUGCUUCACCAAUGUUUGUUAUUAACUUCUGUUUUCUUUCACUGAUUCAUACAAUGCUUCAUUUCAUAACCUUUUCAGUCUUUGUUCUCCAGAUAUUAAACAGUAUAAGUAAAUCUAUAAAUACAGUGUUAGCCUCCUUAAAUCACAGAAAGAAGAAUCUGGAAAAUUAUUAUCUUCAAAAGUCGCUCACAUUAUUAAAACUUACCUCAUUUCUAACCAAACUGCUGGAACGUGAACAAACUGUAAUAUUCUGCUGACAUAGAUAAAUACUGUAUUAAUUCAACAUGUAAACGUUUAAGCCACACGUUUGUUCUGUGACCUGAACUAAAGAGCAGAUAUCUCCAUCUCUGGUUAUCUUCAGCCGUACAGCGACUCCAGCUGGUUAGAAAAGUCGUGCUUUGGUUUGGUUUGGUUUGACUGUCGUGUCAUUUGUUCCACUUGGAGUGAAUUUAAUCAGAAAUCAGAGCAGAACUAAUUAUUUAUCCUGUCGCUCCUGUAACGCUGUCCUUCAUGUAAAAUGUACUUCAAAUGCUAUUAAAUCAUCCAGAAAACUCA